CAUGCGCGACUCGUUGUCUGAUCGUCUGCUCCGACGCGAGCUGCUGGACUCUGCUGGAGGUUCAAGAAAGGUGAGGUCUAUCUACGGUGACCAGAAAUGGAUUCGUGAGCUGGACAUCGUGAACGAGCUCGACGGACAUUCGGGCUGCGUAAAUGCUCUCAGUUGGUCCAAAUCAGGUCGUUUUCUGGCAAGUGGCUCAGACGAUCAGCACGUGAACAUCCACUCCUAUCAACCCGAUGAUUCGAACUCGCAGUUCAAGCUGGCUACCAGCAUCGCCACAGGCCAUCGCGCCAACAUCUUCUCUGUCAAAUUCAUGCCUCACUCAAACGACCGCACCGUCAUAUCAGCUGCUGGUGAUAGUGAGGUCCGUAUCUUUGAUCUGGAGUAUUCUGGUGCCACUACAGAGGCCUCACGCGCAUCAGCAAUGGCUUCAAGUGGCUCAAACAGGGGGAUGCGUGGCAAUGUGCAUGACGGCAUACGCCGCCUGAGUGAUGGAGAUACAAACUGCAGAGUCUACCGUUCGCACGGCGACAGAGUCAAGAGGAUCGUCACUGAAUCUUCCCCUCAUCUCUUUCUGACUUGCUCAGAAGAUGGAGAAGUGCGCCAGUGGGAUUUACGUCAACCGUCAUCCGCCUACCCUUCUCCUUCUAGUAGGUCCACAUCUGCCGUCUCUGUANNCCCCCCUCCCCUCAUCUCCUAUAAACGUUAUGACUUGGAUCUCAAUACCAUCUCUUGUUCGCCGAGUCAACCUCAUUACAUCGCCCUUGGUGGUGCCCAUCUACACUGUUUCCUUCAUGAUCGCAGAAUGCUGGGUCGCGACAAGCUUGAUGAGCGGGCUGCUUCACCUGCUCUCUCGGCUACUCAUUUAUCUGAUUUGGAUGAAGACGCUCUUGGUCAAGCCACUCGUUGCGUCCGCAAAUUUGCACCUCGAGGUCAGCGUAUCAUGGCUCAACGGGAUUCUGGACACAUCACUGCGUGUAAGAUCAGUGAUGCUUAUCCGAACGAAAUUGUAGUCAGCUGGUCUGGUGAUCACGUCUACAGCUUUGAUAUGGUGCGUAGUCCAGACGCCAGCGAAAUCUCCAGAGAACAGGUCUCGACAGCACAAUCAAACAAUCAGAGAGCAAGGGAAAGCAGCGAAAGAAAACAGAAGAAGAGGACAGCAAGUCAGCUCUCGCAUUCCCCAGGAGGCUCCUCUCGGAUACAACCACGUCAACGUACUGAAGAGUCGACCGCAUUAAGAGUGAGAUAUCACAACGGCCAAAGCGAGGAUAUUCCAAUUGCCCGUUCUACAAGCCCUGUUUCGUCCCUACGAGAGAGCGUGAUGACAGACAGACAGCGAAAGGCAUAUCGUCUUGCAAAGACAGUAGUUGAGCUUCGCAGGACGAUGUUCACCCUUGACGAGCAAACAGUCGCUCAUGUUGGCGGAGACCUCACUGGGCAUGCUGCAGAAUUCACUUCAGUGCGAAGUUUGGCUGCCACUAUCCUGCCGCAGAUGCAAGAAAUAACUCGGAUGUGGCGCUAUCCAGUGGCCCCUGUCCAGGAGGAGGUUCUGCUGCAGAGAACAUUGCGUUCCAACAGAGAGUCUGCAUGGCGCUUUGUGCAAGCCUCUGGGGUUAUUUCAAGGGCUCUUGGAGGCCGAGCGCAUACUGCUAGUCAGGCGACCUUUGACACGCCUCUCUUCACCCGCGUCGACCAUGCCCCGAACGAGGGUAGUACGCUUAGCGAUCGCGAGAGAUUCGGCUACGACUUCAUCAAAGCCAUCUUCUUGUGGCUUGAUAGUGGACCAGGAGCUUUGAUUGAUGGUUUCACCAGAUCUUCGGACGUCGCUCGAUAUGCCUCUCGCUUGCCAGUACCAAAGGAUGCCAGCGCCGAUGCAUUUGAUGAAUGUAUUGUGCCUUAUUUUCUGGCUCACUCAUCCAACUCUCCAGUUUGCAACGUCGAUGCUUCAAGGUUCGAGGUGGACGAGAAUCGGAUCAUCUAUGAGACCGAGACCGAUGCAGUCAGAGCAUUCGUUGAAGCCGUCAAGACNCCCUUUGCGGACUUAUCAUCAGAUGACCCUAUGGAAGGCACAACGGAACCCACGCAAAGACGGAGCGAUGCCUUACUGCACUGGGGCUUGAAGGUCGCGCGUGGCGUGCUCAUGAAUGCUGGUGAGGGCGUCAAUUUUGCUUUUGUAGACAGAGCAUUUGGCGGACUCGGCACAGANACUAAUGCCGCAGCUCGCGAAGAUGCGCGAUUGCGAGAAAGACAACGUCAAAUCGACACCACAGAGGAUGAUCCUACGGCGCGGUCGAUGGAAAUCGUGGAAGCUUCGCCGGAGCAAUCCUCAGAAGAAGAUGUUAUUGCUAUGAGCGAUAUCAGAGCCGCGAUGGGAGAGAGCAGCGACGAAGAUGAGGAUGAAGAUGACAGUGAUGAUGGCGAGAGUUUUGAAAUCCCACUAACGGGACAAGAAGAACAAGACGCUAAUAUUGACGAAGACGAGAACGCCGAUGCAAGUCAGGAUGAAAGCGGCCCUGAAGACGAUAGUGAUGAGGAGGAAGAGGAAGAAGAUGACUUUCCCCGUCUCAUGUAUCGCAGCGCUCUCGGAAGACGACGCAAGCGAGGCGAGGUCGAAAGGGACGUAUACUGCGCGCCUCACACCAGAGUUUAUCGAGGCCACUGCAACGUCAAGACGGUCAAAGAUGUCAAUUUCUUCGGUCUGGAUGACGAGUAUGUCGUGUCUGGCUCAGACGAUGGCAACUUNUUCGUCUGGGACCGAAAGACAGGACGACUGGUUAACAUCCUCGAGGGCGACGGAGAGGUGGUCAACGUUCUACAAGGUCACCCAUACGAGCCUAUGUUAGCUGUCAGCGGCAUCGAUCACACAAUCAAGGUGUUCUCGCCGGAUUCAAGGGCGCGAGAAGCUGCUAGGCUUGGACGCGGAGUAGAGGCGGUCGACAGCUCGACAUUCUCGUCUAUUUCCUGGAUGAGACGAAGAAGACAGAACAGACAGGCUGGAGCCACUUCAGAGCCUGCAGUAGAUGCAGGUGCUGAGGAGCGCAACGCAGCAGAUGAUGAAAACUACGUUGCACCCGGAGGACUGGCAAGUAGAAGAAGGAUGCACCUCGAGUAUCAAAUCACCUCGCAGAAUGAUGUGGAACGACAAGGGGGGAACCAGGAAACUUUCAUAACAGUAAGUAAAGUGGUUGCACCUGCCAAACAUCGAGUGCUGACAUGCGGCGACAGNAGAAGUAUGCUGGCCUCGUUGGCUCAACAUCUCAGAAGGCAAAGAGCCGAAGGAGGGGGG